CCACAAAGCUGCAGCCACUCGACAAGGCAUGAGCCCCAGCUCCCCUGCUCUGCCACACGAUAAGAGCAGGACCAGCCCAGUGGCCAGGCCAGAUAAGCCCUGUGGAGUGGGCGGGCUGUUUCUCUCUCUGACUACUCCUUGAGCAGUAUGUAGCCCAAGUGAUCCUGGAGGCGCUUACUGCGCAGCUGAGCUGUGGUGCAGUGAAAGCACAGAGCCCCAGCAACACCCGGCAAAGAAAAAUGGAGGGUUUAGAAAAGGACCAUCCUUACUCGGAAUCUUCCCAGCAGCCGCCAUCAGCUGGAGAGGAAUACACUGCACCAGGAGCCAUCACGCGCCGCCUGAGAGACCGAGAGCUGCUGAGGAAGAGGAAAGCAGAGGCACAGGAGAAAGACACCGCGGAGUGGGUUCGGAGAGAGCGGGGCAAGAGCAAAGGGCCAAAGAGGGGCCGAGGAGCAGGGAGAGGAAGAGGCCGGCAGCAGGCUACAGAGCCAGAGCCUCAACCCAAAGGGCCAGACGAUGUGGAGGAGGAGCCAGCAGAGAAAGCACAGGCAUCUUCAGGGCACAGCGAAGAGGAGCCUGCCCUGUCUGGGACUCCAGAGCUGUCUGGUGGGACUCAGCAGGAGACGGUGGAGGGGCCCCCAACCACGGACACACUGCAUCCAGCAGAGCUUGGGGAAGUGCCAAAGUCAGAAGAAGCAGGCAUAGCAGAGGCACUGAACAUCCCUCUGGGAAAUGACCACACAGAUAAUGGAUACUAUCCCUCCAUUUUAUUUUGAUCCUUUUUUCCGCCCUUUCCAUUGGUUUAGUCCAACUCCAGCCACUGUAGAAUGAUUUAGAUCUGCUUUUCCAGGGUGAGCAAUAAAAACGAAACACUUGCACCAUCA